UCCUGUUCCUCUGUGCUCCUCUUCAAAUAAUAUCGGGCCGAGGGUUUUGCUUAAAAAUUAAAAAAACAAAAUCGAAUUUCUGCUAAAAAAAUCCACUGAGAAUAUAUAUACUGUAUAUAUACACAGUAUAUAUAAAUAGAUAUAUAUUCAUUGUAUAUAAGCCCGGAUCCAAUUGCAGAGGAGGACGAGGAAGGGGCAGAGUUAUUACACACAGCUGGCGAAGAUGUUUUGGCGAAUGACGGGUUUCUCCACGCCAUCUGCGGUGGAUUCACUUUUGAACAAAGAAACAUGUACACUUGAAGACCUCUUUGAUGAAGAAGAAAUUAUUCAAGAAUGCAAGGGUCUCAACAAUCGUCUUAUUAAUUUUCUUCGAGACAGGGAACGUGUGCAACACAUGAUACGUUACAUUGUCGAAGAGCCCCCAGAGAAUGCAGAAAGUAGACGAUGUUUCAGGUUUCCAUUUAUUGCUUGUGAAAUAUUCUCUUGUGAAAUUGAUGCUAUUCUUAAGACAUUGAUUGAGGAUGAAGAGUUGAUGAAUUUGCUUUUUUCCUUCUUGGAAUCCGACCGGCCGCAUAGGACAUUACUAGCUGGUUACUUUAGUAAGGUUGUAAUCUCGUUGCUCUUAAGAAAGACAAUUGCUACCAUGCGUUAUAUUCAAGCACACCAAGAAAUAUUGGGUAAACUGGUAAAUUUGAUUGGCAUCACAUCAGUCAUGGAGGUAGUGAUCCGGUUGGUUGGAGCUGAUGAUCACAUGUAUACAUAUCAUAUUGACCCUUUACAAUGGCUAGCUGAUACUAAUUUGCUGGAAAUGCUAAUAGAUGCAUUAAGCUCAACAAAUUCACCUGAAGUGCAUGCAAAUUCAGCAGAAACACUUUGUGCUAUUGCUCGCCUUGCUCCAUCUGCACUGAGUACCAAGCUUUCCAGCCCAAGCUUUUUGGGAAGGCUUUUGCAUAAUGCCUUAGAGAACCCACAAUCGAAAUCUACAUUAGUGCAUUCGUUGUCUGUCUGUAUCUCGUUGCUGAAUCCCAAUAGAAGCAACCCAGCAGCAGUUGGUGCAGCUCGUGGAAAUCAUAUCACUGAACCUGUGAUGAUUGCAAAUCCUGAGAUUGUGGAUGGCAUGUUACAGAGGCUUGGUCCAUUGCUAGAGCUGUUAGAUGUAUCUUCUGAUGCAACUGUUCUUCCCACCACAUAUGGAGAAUUAAGACCGCCAUUAGGAAUGCAUCGUUUGAAGAUUGUAGAGUUUAUUGCAGUUCUGCUGAGAUAUGGAAAUGAAGUUGCUCGUCAGGGUUUAGUUUGUUUGGGUGCUGUUCAAAUGGUCAUCAAACUUUUUUUUGAUUAUCCAUUCAACAAUGCUUUGCAUCACUAUGUGGAGAAUGUUAUAAGCUCAUGCCUUGAAAGUAACAGUUCUGUUCUUAUUGAUCACCUUUUCCAAGAUUGUGACUUACUUGGGAAACUGUUGGAAGCUGAUGAAAUGCCGUUUCUUAUUGAUGAACCUAUUAAGCAUACAGCACCUACUUGUGGUAGAUCUCCACCAAAAAGAGGUAACUUGGGACAUGUUACACGAAUUGCAAACAGACUUUGUCAUCUUGGGAAUACCAACAUUCAUAUACAGGCUUGUUUGCAGGCACAUCCUAAGUGGAACAUGUGGAAAAUGUCCACCCUCCAAAGUCGUAAUACAGUGGAGAGUGUCUUCCAAUGGGCGUGUGGCCGUCCCAGUACAAUCCAAGAGCGGAAUUUGGACAGUGAUGAUGACGAAUUUCGUGACAGGGAUUAUGAUGUAUCAGCAAUGGCAAAUAAUUUAACUGAAGCUUUUCGUAAUGGCAUGUUUGAGAGUGAAGGUGUUAGAGAGGUUCAUGGAACCAGUGGCAGAGGCGAUGAGGAUGUCUUUUUCGAGGAUGAGUCCCCAGAGGUAUUAUCUUCUCUCUGCUUGGAAGAACAAGAUAGUAUCCAGUUGAAAGAAACAAUGUUUACAAAUUCUCACUGGUUUGCCUUUCAAGAUGAGGGAUCCAAGGAAUCAUCAACAACGUUUCUGGUUUCCUCACCUGUAAGGAUGGAUGAUAACCAACUAAACAUCAUGAUGAACCCAACCACCAGUGGCGAUAGUAGUGGAAGUGAUGACGAGGUUGUGGUAGGGGAAGAUGAGGAGUUAAUAGAUACUGCAACUUCCAGUGAUUCCUCAUUAGCAACUGCCUUUGACACCAAUAUUUGUAACGAUUUGCCCCAGGCUACUAAUUCUGUUGAGGACCUUUCAUCGGAACUGGAGAAGGUUGGUAUAUCAGACAAUUCAUCCUUUAUUCAGUGUGAAAGUAAUAAUAUGGAUACAUCUUCUGCCAAGAGUCUGGAUUGGGUGGGAUGGACAGAGUUUCAAGAUGUUGAAUGCACUUCUGGAAGAAAUCAUCCCAGUGAGAGUAAUCCUUCAGAAUUGGACAUGGGAAAUGCUGCACAGACAGGAGAUCAAGGCACCGCCACUGAAAUGGACACUGAAUCUAUUAAAGAAUCAUUAGAUGAAUCUUCCAGUGUGUUACUUAAAGAGGGUUCAGAAGCAGAUGAAUUAAGGAGUAGAAUGGGAUUACCAUUAUUUGUUGAAAAUGUUGAAUUUGUAGGAGUGGAGGUAUAGUGUACAAGAGCCAUGACCUUGUGGUGGAAGAAACUGGAAAAGGCUGCACCAGUUAAAUUGAGUUGUGCUGUUUUCCCUAUUGUCAUUUUACAUAAAUAAAUCCAUUGGUAAGCAACAUGUAAUGAUAUAAAGUUAUAAAUUACUGGUGUAGUGGUAAUGAAUUAGUGGUGUGAUGAUACUGAAUAUCCAACUUGCCCAGUUUAGAUGUUAACAAGAUCCAGGCAUAACUCUGGCAGCAAACCUAUAUGCUUUCUGUAUGAAACUCUUCUCUGUAUGUCAGGCAGUUUAUAUCCUCUGGGAAUAAAUUGCUAUGAGGAUCUUCCACAAAUCAAUAUAGGUAUUGAUGUCUUCGAUUCAUCAUUUUUUUUAA